AUGGUGUAUUCUGAACGUCAUCCUUCAGCUGCUGGCACAGUACCCUUCGACACUAUCAGUAUGUUGUUCAACGCACUUUCUAUAUACGGUUGGCCUAGCGGAUCUAACAUCGAUUCCGAGGAAGCUGUUCUGUUCGCCAAAUACCAUGAUAUCAAUUGCAUGGUGACUGCCUAUCCGCUCUUGGAAGCCAACAAGGCCUUGGCCGAUACCAUGGCAGGCAAGGCUCGAUUUCGCGCUGUGCUGACGAUGGGAGACAAAGGACAGAAGGAAACGUAG